UAUAUCGUUAUUUACAGUAGUUAGCAGACAAGCACUAAAUAAUUGUCGUUAAUGUUUAUUUAGUUUGUGAAAUAAUGUCAUGUGGUUAGUGUACAAGUGUCAAUCAUUUUAAAAGACAAUGUUUAUUCCGUAUAUAAUUUUUGCUUUGGACAUUGCAAAUUUUGUUUGCUUUAGUUCGGUCUAUGUUCCACAAGUCCUAGCUCUUGAUGGACCUUAUACAUUCUUUGGCAUCACAGGAACAGCCACGGCGUUUUUUAGUUUCUUAUGGAAGCCCAUAGCGGGUCGUCUCAGUGACGAAAAAGGCCCCACUCUACUGUUAUUUUGGUGUUUGUUUGGAGGAUUGGUCGGUACGAUAUUAUCCUAUUUAAGUGGAUCUCUAUACUUUUUAUUUUUCGCCAGAUUAAUAGCAUCUAUUGGAAGUCCUAGUCAAAUAAUCCUGCGCACCAUUAUAACACAAUUAGAUGCCGAAAACCAGGCACAGCAUGUUAGCAGGCUGGGUAUAAUCGCUGCUUUGAUUGGAGUGGGAGCAGCUUUACUUUCUGGGCAUCUUUUGGAACUAUCCAAUGGAUUCUUUUACCUAUACAGUAUUAUUAUCCUAAACAGUAUUUUAAGCUUAGGAUUUGUAAAACUUUUACCCGUAAUUCAACCAAACAAAAAAGAAGAAUCAGAGCUUUCAAAACCAGUACUUGAAGAAAUUAUUACAGCACUAAGAAACCUCAAGGCCUACUCUACAUCUGCAACAUACUCUCAUGUCUUCCUUCUCAAAACUUUAACCGCGAUCAGUUACGGUAUACCCGAUAUGAAUAUGGUGCUGAUCUUCAACAGCUUAGGAAUAAAACAGAAAAACAUAGCUUAUAUGUUCACAAUUAUAUGUAUUGUCACUGUCUUAUCAAACAUCGCCUUGCUAAAAAUUAACAAAAGAUACUACAGUGCAGAUAUCGGCUAUAGAAGGAUCUUUCACAGUUGUCUAUUGUUAGCAGCUGCCAAUGGAGUACUAGGUGUAACUUCUAAUCUUUGGAUCUAUAUUUCUUUUGUUUUAAUUAUUUCUUGCAGUAGAGUACAAACGGAUAAUACUACAAUGGAACUGCUGCUGCAAAAGAUUGGAAAUGACGAAAAAGCUGUAGUGUUGGGUUGUUUUGACAGCAUACAAAGUUUGUCUGAUCUUUUGUGCCCUAUGAUCAGUAGUCUAGCUCUGCAGUUUUUAGGUAUGCAUAGUGUGUACACCAUUUCGGCUAUUUUUAUAACAUUAUGUAGCGGUAUUGUAUACAGAGCUCAAUCUUCGGCACAAAAAAUAAAAAACCAAUAAAAUACUCUAGUAAAAAAUCUGUAAUAUACCAUAUGUAAAUAAAGUUUGUUUUUAUCACAUUUAUUCUAGCUUUAC